UAGAGCUUCAGCAGGGACAGACAUGAAGGAACCACAACUCCCAGGCAUCAAAGCACGGCUAUGGCCGAAGCAGAAAAAGAGCAAGACACCCAAAGACGAGUCACUAAAGGUGGCAAAACCAGCCACGCCAGUGUGCUCUCCCGCCGCACGUGCCGUCCCACAGCUGACCGAAGCAGAGAGAAUCAAGCAGACUCCAUUUGAAAAGGUCGUCUAUGACAUGGCCCACAACGAGAAGAUCGUCAAUGAGCUGAUGCUGGGCCGAAGGGUUGGUUUUUAUGAGCUCCGCGGACAGAUUGGAGAGGGAAACUUCUCCACAGUGAAGCUGGGCAUCCACGCCUUAACGCAAGAGAGAGUCGCCGUUAAAAUAGUGGAAAAGCAGCGUGUGGAUAAAAAGAGACAGCCUACGACUGCCUCAGAGAUCAGCUGCAUGGAGAAGCUGAGCCACCCCAACAUUGUGCGUCUUUACGAGGUGAUCGAGACCCACAGGAAGCAGUAUCUGGUGAUGGAGUAUGGCAGCGGCGGCGACCUGUUCUCUCGAAUAACCACCAGGGGGAAGCUAAAUGACCUGGAAGCAAAGCUGGUCUUUGCACAAGUCAUCUCUGCUGUUAAACACAUGCAUGACAGCAACAUCAUCCACAGAGACCUCAAGCCCGAGAACAUCUUCUACACCACCACGUAUUGCAUCAAGGUCGGAGACUUUGGCUUCAGCACAGAAUCCAGCCCAAGUGACCUCCUCACCAGCUUCUGUGGCUCUCCACCCUACGCUGCUCCUGAACUUUUCAAACAGAAAGGUUACGUUGGAUGCUACACGGACAUCUGGGCUUUAGGAAUUCUCUUGUACUUCAUGGUGACGGCGACUUUACCCUUCUUCGGAGACAACCUGGGGAGGCUGAAGCGUUGCAUCAUGCAGGGGGCUUACAGCAUCCCCGCGUAUGUGCCUGACCCCUGUCAGCUGGUCAUUAAGGGCAUGCUGAGGAUUGUGCCUGCAGAUCGCUCCUCUGUCACACAGAUUACAACCAGUACUUGGCUGAAAGGGAUUGACUACCCUCGCCCGUACGAGCUUUUGCCAAAGUCCCCGGCCCACUUCGGCCAGACAAAUCAGACUCUGGGUGUGGAGGAGGAUGAGGUGAAAAGUUUGCUGUCAACUUUAGGUCUUGUGACAAAUCACUUCCAGAACAAUCUUUGCUUAGACUGCAGAAGCCCACUGACGGGGACUUACCGAAUCCUGCUCCACCGGGUCCAGAAGAAGAGGUCGGUGGAGGCAGUGGGAUAUUCAAUGCUUCACCCUGAGGAUUUGUGUUCAAACAAGUGGUCUGAAGCAUCUGCUAGACAUAUUCCCUCCACCGUCUGUGCUAUAUUAUAACCACAAAUAACUGCAUUGGACUGCUACAGUUGUGUCUACACAGUCACUUCAUCUCAUGCUCGUGUGUCACCUCGUUGACAGAUGAUCAUUCAGUCACUUUAGGCUCCAAAAUCACUUCAGCAUCACGUCACAUGUGGGUCAAAGUAGCAGGUGUGUCUGCAGCUUUCUAUUACAUAUCUAUAGAUACCUGUUACAUCACCAACAACAUCGUACUGACGCAAUCAAUCUCUAAAUGGCCAUCAGCAUCUUCCAAUCCCUCUUAGUCAGAACUGAAAGCGUCUGAAGUAAUCCAGGCUGCUCAGGUAAGCCACAGGUAAUCCAGACACAGGGGACACUGAGAACAUGCUUGGUCCAACAGAAAUUAACUUACGGGACAAAACAUGCCCAGAGAAAAGAAGAUUAUACCAAAAGUGUACAAUCCCAUACAUUAUAUGUAUGAAAGUAGGACCAGGGAACAAAAAACUCAGUGUGCUGAUAUUUCUGAAGUGAUUUUGUGAGUCUGAAACCCAGCUGGUGCCUGAAGUGCUUCCGUUCGAUGCACAUCUUUCGGUGGUUCAAGCAGAACCUUUCCUUACAAUAACACAAGCAGUGAGGAACAUCUGGAAUGCAAACAUUAUUUCAUGUCUUGCAAAAUCCUAGACUAGUGUAGUGAUCUUGUGUUUGAUAAAUGUUGUUUGCUUUUGUUUGAGGAAAACACUGAUGAAUGCUUCAUUUAUAUUGUCGAACUAUGUAGUGUAGCCAUAACUGAGGAGGAAUUCAUGCAUCAAAAGUCGACUGAAAGUAAAAACUAAACCAUUCCCUCAUCUGGACAUCCGCUGAAUCUCUCCUUCCAACAGCAGGUGGGAGGAGUAAGCCAACGUUUAUAUUUCAGCCAUUCCUCAUAAAGUGGUUUUGGAGUAAUUCCCAGCACUUUCAGUAAAUGAGCUGAGACUGAGAUAUGAUGUAAUUGUGUAUUUAACUAUUUGUCGGUUCAUUUGAGAUGUUCAUCCCUUUUUCCCUCCAAAUAUGAAUUAAAACUUUGAUAUCUGAGCUCUUAAUCCACACAACUGUCCCUUUGGUUUCCACAUACCUCUACUCUGUGAUUGGUCCUUGAACGUUCCUUACUGUCUCUGAACCUGGUGUCACUUUUUUGUGAUUACUGUAAACUCACAGUUCAUGGCCAAUUCUGCUUGUGCCUGCAUGCAUCUGCUCCGUUAUAGUGGCAAUCUCAAUCAUUGACGCUUACACAACUUUAUAUUUCGCAAUAAAGUGCAGAACCCGCACCUCCCGUUCACACAGAAAUGUGCAGAAGAAUGACAUUAAAGUGCUAAGAACAAGUAGCGGCAUGUUGUUUAUUUAAGAGUCUUUCUCAAUACUAUUUGUUCUCAAAUAAUAACUAAUGUCCCUUUCUACGAAGGUUUUCACUAAACCAGUUACUCUUAAUGUUCCACGUAACAUUAAUUUAUCUAUAAGUUGCUGAAAUAAGCAUUUCUUAUGGCCAGGAAACUAUUAAAGUGAUUAAUGUAACACAUGCAGCAGCUACUGUCGAUGAAUCAUUAUUUGGGUU